GUGCAAGAAGUUCUCGCCAGAAUCUUUAAGAUGGCUGAACAAGAGUUGCUAGUGAGGAGUGCCAACGAUAUCACGGAGACGUGGGUGCUGAAUCUUCUUCAGUACCACCACCACCAUAACCUCUCUGGAAUAGGAGGUACAGUGAGACUGAGAAAGUGGUGUCUACAAGAUUUAAAAUCCAAAGAAACCCUUGGGGGUGGCUGCAGCUCGAGGGUGAUAGUCAAGGUUGAGUACGAGGUAAUGGGCGACGUGGAGCAUCCAGCAACGACAGAGGAACAGCUGAAGGAAGAGACUUUUGUGGUGAAGACUGUCCCCUCACAGGGAGUCAUGGUGGAUAUGUUAACGUCUGAAGGGCUGCACCACAGCGAAGUGAACCAGUACGGGAAGUUCCUGCGGGUGCUGGUGACAUGGGAGGCGGAGCGGCGGGGCGUGGACGUGGGUAUGAUGGCAGAGAUAGUACCCUCACAACGUCUUGGCAGUCAGCGACGACCAUUAUUUCACUCUCGUUCUACCAGACCUCACACAACUUGGCUAUCAGGCGAGUACAUACACGGUGAAAGUCCAGGUGAAGUGCAUUUUGUGCAUUCUUCAUUGACGCGAUAGCUUUUAGCAACAUGG